AUGGCCACCCCUAAGAUCAUCCUCUACACCAACCACCUCUGCCCAUGGGCCCACCGAGCUCACAUCGCUCUGAAGGAAUCGGGGCUCGAGUACGAGGAAGUCAUCAUCGACCUGAAUGUUCCUCGUGAGCAAUGGUACCUGGAUAUCAACCCGGGACCCCGAGGACUCGUCCCAACUAUCUCAUACAAUGGAAAUAUUAUCAUUGAAUCCGCCAUUGUCUCCCAAUUCAUCGCCGAUGCUCACCCUUCUCACCUGCUCCCUCCAUCAGCCCCAGUUGAGAACGCAAUCACCCGCGCGCGUAUCAACUUGUUUGUAGAUGCCUUCAUCAGCAAGGUCCUCCCUCACUUGUUCGCUGGGAUCCGCGCUGCAUCAGAGCAGGAGCGUGAUGCGGCCGCCGAGGCUUUGAUCGCUGGUGUCUUGAAGGAAGUUGAGCCCCUCCUUGCGUCGACCGAGGGCAAGGGUCCCUUCUUCGGAGGCAGCGAGAAGCUUACAUUGGCUGAGGUUCUGACGGGGUCUUUCUUGCUCCGAAUCUUGAGCUUCGGCAAGCCCGAGCACGCCCUCGUCAGUACGAAGCUGCCUGUUCUCUUGGAGAAGGCCCCACGUUUCAAGCGCUGGUCUGAGGCUACCGUUAACCAUCCAAGUGUCAAUUUCAUUUGGAACGAAAAGCUUGUCGCCGACCUGACUCGUGCCAAGUUUGCGCCCAAGGCCUAG